AUGGUGAAGUUGCUGCCUGCCCAGGAGGCAGCCAAGAUCUACCAUACCAACUAUGUGCGGAACUCGAGGGCCGUGGGUGUGAUGUGGGGCACGCUCACCAUCUGCUUCUCUGUGCUGGUCAUGGCCCUCUUCAUCCAGCCCUACUGGAUCGGUGACAGCGUCAACACACCCCAGGCAGGCUACUUCGGCCUUUUCUCCUACUGUGUGGGCAACGUGCUGUCCUCCGAGCUCAUCUGCAAGGGUGGCCCGCUGGACUUCUCCUCCAUCCCCUCUAGAGCCUUCAAGACUGCCAUGUUCUUUGUGGCCUUGGCCAUGUUCCUCAUCAUUGGCUCCAUCAUCUGCUUCAGCCUGUUCUUUGUCUGCAACACGGCCACCGUCUACAAGAUCUGCGCAUGGAUGCAGCUGGCUGCGGCCACAGGCCUGAUGAUUGGCUGCCUCGUCUACCCUGAUGGAUGGGACUCCAGCGAGGUGCGGCGCAUGUGCGGGGAGCAGACGGGCAAGUACACGCUGGGCCACUGCACCAUCCGCUGGGCCUUCAUGCUGGCCAUCCUGAGCAUCGGGGACGCCCUCAUUCUCUCCUUCCUGGCCUUCGUGCUGGGCUACCGGCAGGACAAGCUCCUCCCUGACGACUACAAGGCGGAUGGAAAAGGUAACUCGCCCUCCCCCAGGGAGGUGGGGCUUCCUCUCAGCCGGUCACCCAAGGAUUGGCCUCCGGCCAGGGGGUGGGGACAUGAAGACCAAUCAGACACAGCCCUUGUCCCAGAGGCCAAAGGCCAGUGGAGGGAGGGUUGCAAGCUGGCCAGAGAUGAGGCGAUGAGAGACCUGUGUAUCAAGAAGCUGCAAUGA